GUAUCGAUUUUCCGAAAUCGAUUCAUUUGAAAAAAUCGCCAUCCCUAGAUUGUUCUCUGCUCGGGAACUGAGGCACAUCCGCCACACGAACCCGCGUUCAGCGGCGCAAGAGCCAAUCAGACGCAUCGAUUCCGAUUACUCGCAACAAACGCUUUCUAUUGGCUGUUGAUUUGCUUCGCGCGGGUUUCGAUCGUUGAUCGAUAGUCAGUCUUCACUCGCACCCAACUCCAUCGGCUUCUAAAUCUGUGGUGGAGAAAAAGUUUUGAGACUGAAUACUGUUUUUUAAGUGUUUUCCCUUCUUUUGGACGUGUGUGUUUUUCUGAACCAACAUCCCGCAAACAUCAUCCAUUUUCGGUCGGAGUGUUACAAGUGUCAAGUCAAAAUUCGUCGCACAUCCCCCGUUUCUUCGACCGAUUAAUUUUAGUCAAAGAGCAUUUUAAGUCCAACUUGUGCUCCUUUUCUAUUGUUCGCGCGUUUUUCACAAGCUAAAAGCAUUUAACUUCACUUGUUUUACUGGUGUGAAUCUUGAACAUAUAAUGCACGUUUUAUCCGCCUUCGAGAGGCAAAUUAAGAACAUUCCGUGUUCGAUAGCGGGCGCAAAUUUUUUGCGAUAUAAGUGACGAGAAUUUGGAGGGGGAAUUCGCGUUUGGAUUGACUGUGGAUGCGGAGCUUAAAGAAAAUCAACGGGAUAUUUUAAUUUCCGUGCAGCGAUCAAUAACAGCGAAGGGGACACAAGGAUGGAUUACUUCGAUAACAGAGAUGAUCUGGAGCUGCUAACUGCAAAGAAAGUUACCCAAGAUGACUCUCCGAUUUUGGAGUUUUACAAGGGCAAAAAUAUAUUGAUAACGGGUGGCUCUGGUUUUUUCGGAAAAGUUUUACUGGAGAAAUUGCUCAGGACAUGUGGAGGUGUGAACAAAAUUUACCUCUUGAUGCGUCCAAAACGAGGCAAGACGCCUUCGGAGCGGAUGAAAGAGCAAUUCAACGAUUUGCUCUUCGAAAAAAUGAAGGAGCAGACCCCGAACUACCUCUCGAAAGUGGAGCUAGUCGAGGGAGAUAUGAGUGAAGACAGAAUAGGACUCUCUGAUGCAGAUUACGACAAAUUAAUGCGAGAGGUGCACAUUAUAUUCCACGCCGCCGCGUCGCUUCGAAUGGACGAGCACUUGCGAUACGCGUAUCAGACAAACGUUACCGCGACCAAAUUUCUUCUGGAAAUGGCUCGAAAAAUGCCACAACUAAAGUCUAUGAUUCACUUUUCGACGGCCUAUUCGCAUGCUCAUAGAAAACACUUUGGAGAGAGAUUUUAUUCCACUGAGUUGACUUCCGAGGAUAUUCAACAACUUUUUGAGAAUCUGGAUGAUUGGCAGAUUGGAGCUAUCACCUCUAAAGUUGUAGGUAAGUGGCUGAAUACAUAUGGAUACACAAAAGCAUUAGCAGAAAAUAUGGUGCAAACUUAUCGGGAGAAAUAUGGCCUACCAGUAGCUGUUGCUCGACCAUCAAUUGUGGUGAGUACCUACAAAGAUCCGGUGAGAGCUUGGAUCAACAAUGUUUAUGGCGCUACAGGUGUUCUGGCUGGUGCUGCUUUGGGUGUUCUGCACACGUUCUACUGCGACAAAUACAAAAGAGCAGACCUUAUUCCGGUUGAUUACGUAAUACAUGCAUCCAUAGCAAUGGCAUGGCAGAUUGCCAAUCAAGAGUUAAAGCCUGGAAAGGAUCCAGUUUUCAAUUUGGUAUCUACUCACUAUCACAAAGACUUAACAUGGGAUAAAUUCAUGUGGUUUAAUGAAAAUGCACAUGUGCAACAAGGUCUGGAGGCAACUGUGGCGGUGUGGCCAUAUUCUUUCAGACUAGAGAACUGGAGACUUAAAUACGAAAUCGAAUGCGUUCAGAUGCAUAUCAUACCAGCCAUAAUUUUUGACACGAUGCUCAGGUUGGCUGGAAAACCUCCAAUGUUGCUGAGAACUUUCAGAAAAGUGAUCAGUUUUGUGUCAUUUUUCUAUCCUUAUUGCCAAAGAGAGUGGGACUACGAAAGUAAUAAUGUUGCUGAACUGAAUUCAGAACUUACACCAUAUGAAAGGGAGAUUUUUCAAUUUGACAUUAAAAAAGUUGAUUGGAAUGAUUUCUUCUGGUACUACAUGAGAGGUCUACGCUUGUACGUUGUGAAAGAUGAUAUGAGCACCUUACCCGAAGCUCGAAUUAAAAGUAGAAGGAAAAAAGUGUUACAUAAGGCUCUCCUGAUUUCAAUUUAUGCAUUCCGUGCAUACGUAGUUUACCUGGCCGUUUCUUUCAUCUGCAGUUGUAUCAAAUCACGAUUCAUUGUGGUGUAAUUCAAUAAUCAAACAACUACUGAGAUACGUUUCUCUUUAUCAACAGCCUCAGGAAUCAUCUUAUUUUAUACUAAUAUUAAAACAUUCAGGAUAGGCAAUUUUUAGAUGUCAUAAAAGACAUCUGUAAUUAAAGCAACAUUUUUCUGACAUCUUAAAGGAGCUCAUAUAGCAUAAACAGCUCAUUGACAGUUUCCUCAAAAAAGAGAAGCACAAGUCUUGUUGUUCAAAAAGUAUUGGUUCAAUGAUCAGCUCAAUUAUUUUGUGCGUUUACUCAUCUCCUAGGGGUUGUCUAAGAUAAAUGAACAAUUUUCUGACCAAGUCUCCCAGUAUCAACCUCUCUUACGGGAAGAGGUGACGAUAAGUUUCUGCGCCUCAAGACACCUAAAUAUACCCAAAGCAAGACACCCAAGACUCUUAAAAAUACCUUUUUGCUCAUGGCUUGAUACAGAAAUACUUUAAAGAUUCAAGGGUUCCUGAAAACCUUCGGUUUGUAGCAAUGUUAGGAUGGUGAAGUUAAGUUAGACUGAGUUCUUCUGCUGUCAUGUCUAUUUAAAGCUCUUCAAAAUUAUAAAAGAUUCUCAGGAUAAUUUAGGAAAAAAACGAGAGUGUCAAAUGCACUGGCCCUCCAUCUUCAUCCAUGUUUAGCUUUCAAUGUUGUUGUACAAAUAUUCAGAUGUGUUUUUCUCAGAAUUUUAAUGAGUUAUAUUCCUACAUUCUCCCC